AUGGCCCAGGACUCUAGAUACCAAAUGUUUCUGCUCGCGCUGCUUGUCAUGCUCGUGGAUCGGAGCAGAGCCGCGCCAGCUCUGGGUGCAUACCACGAGCCGGAGACUAGAGGCGCCCGUCUUCUCGACCACUUCAAUCAUCGCUAUCCGGACGGCAGCUACGAGUUCCGCUUCGAGCUGGACGAUGGCACGGCACGCUACGAGCGCGGCUACUUCGCCGUCAUCAACGAGGUGAAGACGCUGAUGGUCGUCGGCUACUACUCCUAUCGCAUGCCCGAUGGCCGCUACAUCACCGUCUUCUACAAUGCGGAUCAGUUUGGCUACAGGCAGAAUCAAUCCAUCACACCUGAGGUCUAUCCCAAUUUGCCGCGUUCCAUUGAGGUGCCCAUGCUGAAGGAGUCAAACGAGGUGCGACAGCAGACGACAGCGCAGCCGCCAUUCCGACAGCCCAGCUCCACCUCAAGCACCUCCAGCACCUACAGCAACAGCGGCAACUACGUCAGCUCCUUGCCCAAAGCGACGUCGUUGCCAACUCGCCGGGGCCGCUUCUGA